AUCCAUUCUCUCUAAAAAAAAAAAAAACCAGUGGGGAAGAGUAAACCAAGGGCCAUAUCCAACGCUUCAGAUUUCUCUCUCUUCUCGCCCCCUCUCUCUCUCUCUCUCAAACCCUCCUGUCUUUGCUUUAUCACCGUAUUAUUACUGAUCUUUCUCGUCUUAUGAUUGAACCUCUGGUUCUUCUCUCUGUUCUUCGGAUCUGAACCCCUUUUCUAUCUAUUGUUUCUUUCAAACUUAAAGCACUGCAGAUCUAGCAACACUACUAGGGUUUUGGUGUAGGAUUAGGGUUAGGGUUUUGGUCUCGGAACUGCUGCAUGUUUCUGGCACAAUAUGGCGGCUACUUUCCCAGCUCCAGUAUCUGCUGUACAGGUUGGGACAUACUUCGUUGGGCAGUAUUACCAUGUUCUUCAACAGCAGCCAGAUUUUGUUCAUCAGUUUUACACAGAUGCAAGCACCAUGCUUCGCAUUGAUGGUGACAAAAUCGAUAGUGCGGCUGCUAUGAUGCAAAUCCAUCGUCUUAUUAUGUCCCUGAAUUUUACUGGAAUUGAGAUAAAAACAGCCCACUCUCUCGAUUCUUGGAAUGGCGGUGUUCUUGUCAUGGUGUCUGGUUCUGUGCACCUGAAGGACUCAAACAGCAGGAGGAAGUUUGUGCAGACAUUUUUUCUUGCCCCACAAGAGAAAGGUUACUUUGUGCUGAAUGACAUUUUUCAUUUCCUUGAAGAUGAUCAGAUCCUUCAGUCACCAGCAGCAGCCAUGUUGGCACAUACCAAUUACGAUUCCCAGCUCAAUGCAUCUACUUCUCAUCAGGAGCAGGCAGUCUCAGAUUACAUGCUUGCUGGAGAUAUUCAGGGUAGAGAAUAUGUUGCUCCUCCAUCUCAUGUUGAAGAAAACAACCAGAUUGAUGAGUACAGUCUACCACCUGAGGCACAUCAGGUCUCUGAACCGAGUAAUGUGGUGGAGGAAACUCCUGUGAUUGAUGACAUUGCCAACUCAUUUUCCGAGGCAGUCAGUAUUGCAAGGGAGCCGUCUCCAGCACUUCCUGUUGAGGGACCUGUUGGAGAACCCACAAAGCAUACUUAUGCUUCCAUUCUGCGAGUUGCAAAAGUGACCUCUGGACCAUCAGCUCCCUCAGCGACUAUAAGCAGGAAUGUCCCUCCGGUUUCAGAGUGGCAUCAUGUGCCACAGCCUGCUGCUCAGCCAUCCUAUGUUGCGACUACGGUGGUACCGGAGAAGUACAACCUAGAAGUAUCUGAGGAUAAUAGUGCACCCACAGAGGAGGAAGGAGAUGGGCGAUCUGUUUAUGUGAGGAACCUGCCAUCAACUGUUUUAGAGUCUGAAGUGGAGACGGAAUUUAAAACCUUUGGUAGAAUUAAGCCAGAUGGGGUCGUUAUUAGGAACCGCAAGGAUAUUGGUGUCUGCUAUGCCUUUGUUGAAUUUGAAGAUAUCAGUGGUGUUCAAAAUGCACUUAAGGCAACUCCCAUUCUGUUUGGUGGCCGGCAAGUGCAUGUAGAGGAACGUAGACCAAACAGCAGCAACUCUCGUGGCAGGAGAGGGAGAGGGAGAGGUGGAUACCAAAGUGAAGCCUCCAGAGGUCGUGGCCACUUCAGCUCACGCUCUUUUGGCAGGGCCACCGUUCAAGAUGCUGAAAGGGACUACACGAACAGGCCUAGAGGCUCGGGGACAAGGGGUAGUUACGGAAAUUUUGAUGGGAGCAAUGGUUACCAUUCUCGUGGAGGCCCUAGGCAAGAGAGGGGAUCCAUAGGAAACCAAGCAUCAAGGAAUGGCUAUAGCCCAUCAGAGGCCAUGGCCUGAAAAAAAAGUAAAACACAAUGUUAAGAGUGAGAAAGACCCGUCUUUCCCCGCUAUCUUAGCAUGUUAUACUAUUUAUAAAGUACAGAAAAUCAUCGUUAUUAUGGAGUGUCAUCUGAUUUAAUAGCCAAAUACCUGUCCUAUUUUUCCUUUUUUGGGUUGCACGAGGUUGCACCACUGUUUUUGGUGUGUGGGCAUCUUGAGUUUUUUUGUCCUUUAUUUUGUCUUGUUUUUCUAUUUAAGUAGGGAUUGAGAGAGGUUUGUGCCCAUGUAUGAGUGGAGAUUAUGUCAUGUUUUGUACGGUCACAGAGGACUUGGUUCAUUUUUGAAUGAGGAAAGGUCUUCUUUGUUAAUUGUUGGUUC